ACCAAAAAGAAGCAAACAGCCUGGGACAAUGGCUUAUAUUGCAAAGAGAGAUACAGCGCCACCUAGGAAUAUGGUGAAGGGGACGAAGUGUGGGCAGUGUGAGCAGAAGGCUGCAAAUGUGUCUUGCCUGGAGUGUGGUGAAGACUACUGCGCAGCCUGUUUUGCCUCAUUCCACAUCAAAGGAGCUUUGAGAAAACACAGAUCUAUGCCAGUACAGACCAACUCUCCAAGACACCAGCCACUUACUGCAGGCCCCCAGGGGAACCAGGGGACCCAGAUUUUGAAGGUGUCCCACAGCAAUAGCACAUCCAGUGUAGACAGCGAUACUAAAGAUACAGGACAAUAUCAACAGAACAUUCCUAGAACCAGUCCUGUAGGUGCCAGCAAUGGCAGCUCUUCUCUCCUACAUGGCAGCUAUGACGAGGAAGCCAAUGCACACGACUUCCAAGCUGCCUUGAAUGAAUGGCGCCAGAGUAAGAGCAUUCCGUCCAAUCAACACACCCAAAAGAAACAGCAGCCAUCUCUUUUAGAUGGUACGGUCAACGAAGAAGCCAAUGCGAAAGAUUUCCAACAGGCCCUUAACGAAUGGCGCCAAGGGAACAGUGUGGUUACAAAAAACACUCAAGAUGGUGCCACUGGAAAACAAGAUGGCGGAGCGCUUUUCUAUGGGGAGUAUGAUGAAGAGGCCAGUGCCAAAUCAUUCCAAGAUGCAGUUAGAUCAUGGAGACAGGGGACAGACAAAGAGGGCGCCAGGGGUUAUUCGCCUGUGAAGUCUCCAACAGUCACUAUGGAGCACGGCACAGGCACAGUGGACGGGGGACGGCCAGUCAAUGUGGAGUUCCACACCCACACUGUCAGCUACGCAGAGAAAUUGUUGCUCAAGAAGCACAGGAGGACUGAACUGGGUGAGAUGCCCCCUCUUGAACUGUCCAAUAUAUCACCAAGGCAACAGCCAGUAAAACAGUCACCAAGGAUAGAGCAAAUGUAUACCGAGGAUAUAGAGGAUGAAGAGAUAAAUCAAGGGGAUCGUGUCAACUUCCAAGCCUUGUUUGAUGCUGUGAAACCAUUUGCCAAAGAGCCAACUUCCAGGCCUGCGUCCAGAGUUUCCAUUAGUGAUGUCAGCAAUAUGCCAAUGAACUCCACAGUGGAUCAGAGUUCUCAUUUUGAUGUCCAGGAGGUAGAUCCUCCAGAAGCAGCAACUAGCAGUGGUGCCAACUCUAUCAGUCAAAAACCAAGACAAAAAUCUACGCUUUCAGCCAAAUCUAAGUCACGCCCUCAGUCAAAAACAUCCCCAGUUAAAGACAAAGAAAAUUCAGCCAUUAAGGUCAGAGGUCAACAGAGAGAGGGCAGCACUGUUCAAGAUGAGCCCAAUCCUGCAGGAAGUAGGGUUAGUAGUGCAUGGGUCAAGGAAGGAAGAGAUGGGACAAAUGUUGACCAAAAGAGACAGAAAACUGCAGGUAGUAAGAGAACAUUCUCUGACCUUGAGGUCAACUCAAGGCCAUCUAGCAGUGCCAAGGUCAAAGGAAAGGUUAGCGAGAGACCAAAAUCUCGAGCCGAAAGGGCAAAGAGUGCACUACAAAGAAGACCACCCUCUGCAACAGGUAACAGAGUACCUUCACAGAUGUCAGACCAUGGGGAUGGAGGACUGACCAAAGCCCCCUCGGACACUCUAAGGCAGAUAGCCAGGCUGGGGGAGAUGUACCAGGAACCUGCUUACGACAGCUCUAUUGCAGCCUUCUUUACUGCUGGUGUCCCUGCUCCAAAAGAGCCGUUCAAAGAAAAAGUGAUCAUCCCGUCAAAGGAUAAGAAGAAUCUCUCGGAAAAGAGGCCUGGAUCUGCAGCCUCAUCGAGACUACAGUCCGCCAAAGUUAGCAAUAGAUUAUACCAGAUGGCGCCCAGAUCAUGGCGUCCUGACAGCAGUUUAGGAGACAACGUCCCUGAUGAGGAUGUCAAGAAAUAUGUCCUGGAGUUUGACAGCAGUAAAUAUUUGCAAGAUCCCAUUGAACCUGAAGUGGAAACGGUUUCUUUUUCACUCAGUUCAACACCAGUAGAUGGAGCUAGUGUGCAACACUCCUCGGUAAGGAAGGAAGGCAGCAGCCAAAGACAGGUCCCCACCGUGUCCUCAGCUACAAGAAGUUUAUCACAGCUAGGCAGAAGAAGUAAAACCUCAAUAGAUAUUGACACGAAGAGACAGAAAACACCUGUUUCUAGACCUCAGACAGCUAGCGGGAGAGUGUCUAGAGCUAUUGUGGUAGAUGGAGAUGACCUGUCCAGGUAUGACACAGUGGCAGAGAGUAUGGAACAGAGUGCGGAAGACACGGAGACUCUUGGACAGCUGGAGUGGGAGCUGGCAUCACAGGAGGGGAGACUUACAGAGGAUGGGAAGGUGUCAAGGAUGAGCCUGCUGGAUGAGGAGAUGGAUGUUGGUGAUGGGGGUGAUGACCAGGACAUCCAGGGACGGCUGUCAGCGCUCAGUAACCAUGGCGAUGGCUAUGACAUCAGCAGAGAACUGAGAGAGGAGGAGCUGAUGGAUGACUUUGAGGAAAUGGAGAGGACAAUAAUGGCAGAGGAGGAAGUGAAAGCUCUCACAUAGAUGUUUGGGAGAAACUCUCCGAGGGACUGCCUCAUUUUAAAACAAUCUGCCUCAGUCUGAGACAAUAUAGAUUUGGCAUCAGAAAAGUUAAAGAAGUUGUAAAAGAAGUUUUUUUUAAGAUACUAGUCCAAUCGUACUAGUGGAUAAUUUAGAAAUUAUUUUAGAUUGUUGCUUUUUUAUUAUAUAUUGUUAUAUUCAAAAGAGUGAAUUUUGAUUUCAACUAGUUGUUGAAGACCUUCUAGGCAGUGUGGCUGGUGCAGUGAUGAGUUUGAGACACACUGUUGAAUUGCAAAUAUUAACAUUAUACAAUGGUUCUUUUGAUUGAGUUACUCAUUCAGGAAGAUGUGUUUCAUACCAAAUAUGAUAAGUGAUAUAGAUAAUUGAAAAGUACAAUUGUAGAUGUUCACGGUUGUUGUCCGUUUGGUUCUACUGUAAGUACCUUUAUUGUCUCUUCUAUUUUAAGCAUCACAGAGAAAUGACCGCUUCCCUAUUGAAUUAUCGAGUGUCUUAUAUAAGUUUUUAGAUCCGUAAAUAGUAAAAAAAUAUUUGAAUAGAUGAACAUUUUAAUGUUCAUAAAAAUCUUUAGGAUAAUAACCUGGUACAACUGCAUCACAUUUACUGUAUAUUAUGUGAAGAUCAAAUCAAAAAAUGUUACGAACCAAAAAUAUUACUGCAACUUUUGGUCUUUUGACUCAUUUCCAAACAUUAUUUUAUUAUAAAGUGGGGGAAAAAACAAAUAUCCUUUGCAAUGCUGUAUACAUACAUUUAUGAGAAUAAAAUAUGGCAGUUAAUUAGAUCAUUUCAAUACUGGUGUAUCGAAUAAAUUAAUACUAAUUGAAAUUGUACUACAUAGCCAUACUUAAAAUUAGAUGAUGAAGUUGGGGGCGUCUCGAUAGUCCGAAGGUUCUAUAGUGAAUAUUCGGACCAAUGAACCUUCGGACUAUUGAACCUUCGGACUAUUGCUACGGCCCCAUGAAGUUAUGCCAGUAAACAAAAAGAAGUGGCAAUCAAAUAUUGGUAGCUGAGAGAUAUAUUAAUGAUUAUAUUAGUUUGACAGCUGUGGAGGAAAGUAUAUAGGAGUUAAAUUUAAAAUGUCUUGGGUGUUUCUCUGCAUUAUUUAAAGAUUCAGACAUUCCAAAACCUAGCUUCUUCAGGUUAAAUGACAGCUGUCAUGUAUUAAAUUUGUACUUACAAUUAAUAUUUACUUUAUGUUACAAUACCUAAUGUUUGACUGCCAAAUAUUUAAGUUAUAUUUUUUUCUUUUUGUAAGAAAAAUCUAUUUCGGACAUAGUUUUUUAAGCUCAAUGUUUAACAUGAUAAUCUAUAUGAUCUAAGAUUGAUAAGUAAAAAAUUGAAAGUGUUGUAGUUAUUGUGAUACUAGUAGAUCUUGAAUAUUUUGUUGAACUUUUCACUAAAUAUUCAUGGACAACUUUAUUUUAAUUUUGAUGUUUAUUGUAUUGGAAGUGCUUGUAAUAUCCGUCCCGAAUUAUUUUUAUUAAGUGUUAGUGCUUUUUUUUUCUUUGUAAUUUUACCAUGGCAGACCCGUCCAGUUGUGGGAAAAGAACCUACUUGUAAAAGUGUUGAAUUUUUAAAAAUUAAGUGAAAUAUUUUGCAUACAAGCAAAAGAUUGAACUGAAUUACAACUCCUAAAACUCGUUUUUGAGUUUUAUGUUUAUUAUUUUUGCCCAUUCCGGUUACAUUCAUUUUUUCAUAAAGAU